CUAGCUCGAACCCUCCCCGAAAUAUUCCUGUGAAUCUCACCGUUCCUUCACCACCCAGAGAGAAACAGGGUCAAAAAAGAACUAGGGAGGCGAAUGAUAUAAAUCCUUCUCGAAUGGAAGCGGAUCAAGGA